UCUGGCAUUUCGGUGGAUCCGUGCAGAGACGAGCGGAGAGCAGGCGAGUCACGGUGUGAAAUGAGCCAGCCUCCGCCCAGCGCACAGAAAAGGCGUUUCACUGACAUAAACCGAAAACUGCAGGAAUGACGGACAAUAUCCCACUGCAGCCGGUGAGACACAAAAAAAGACACGACAAUAAACACAAAAGCGGAUGCUGCCCCUGGUCGAGAUGCUGUGGCAUGGGCGACUUCCAGCCCCGCACCGUGUGGCUGGGCUGCCCCGAGAAGCGGGAGCAGCGCUACCCCCGCAACGUCAUCAACAACCAGAAGUACAACCUCUUCACCUUCCUGCCGGGGGUGCUCUUCAAUCAGUUUAAGUAUUUCUUCAACCUGUACUUCCUGCUCUUGGCGUGCUCCCAGUUCGUACCCGAGCUGCGCCUGGGGGCCCUUUACACUUACUGGGUCCCCCUGGGUUUCGUCUUGAUCAUCACCAUCAUGCGGGAGGCGGUCGAGGAGAUGAGAUGUUUUCUUCGAGACAAGGAGGUGAAUUCCCAGAUCUACAGCAAGCUGUCCACCAGAGGCACGGUGAAGGUGAAGAGCAGCGCCAUUCAAGUGGGAGACCUCGUCAUCGUCGAGAAGAACCAGCGCGUUCCUGCUGACAUGAUCUUCUUAAGGACCUCGGAAAGAAACGGGUCCUGCUUUCUGCGUACAGACCAGCUGGACGGCGAGACGGACUGGAAGCUACGCUUACCUGUGGCCUGUACCCAACGGCUGCCCACUGCCGGCGACCUCCUUCAGAUCCGAUCGUUUGUGUACGUGGAGGAGCCCAGCAUCGACAUCCACAAUUUCGUGGGCACCUUUACCAGGGAGGAUGGUGACCCCCCGGUGAACGAGAGCCUCAGCAUCGAGAACACGCUGUGGGCUAGCACUGUCGUAGCCUCCGCAUCUCGUACCCACAGCCUGCGUGUGAAUCUGGACAUGGGCAAGAUGGUGUUCAGCUGGAUGAUCCGGAAGGAUUCCAAGAUCCCCGGGACCGUGGUGCGGGCCAGUACCAUCCCGGAGCAGCUGGGCCGCAUCUCCUACCUGCUGACCGACAAGACAGGUACUCUGACCCAGAACGAGAUGGUGUUUCGGCGCCUCCAUCUGGGCACCGUGGCCUAUGGCAUGGACUCGAUGGACGAGGUGCAGAGCCACGUCUUUAGCGCCUACACUCAGCCCCCUCACGACCUCCCGGCCACAAGGGCCCCGGCCGCCACCAAAGUGCGCAAGACCAUCAGCAGCCGGGUGCACGAGGCAGUGAAGGCCAUCGCGCUGGUGCACAACGUGACCCCCGUGUACGAGUCCAACGGCGUGACGGACCAGGCGGAGGCGGAGCAGCACUACGAGGAUGCCUGCCGCGUGUAUCAGGCCUCCAGCCCCGACGAGGUGUCACUGGUGCAGUGGACAGAGAGUGUGGGGCUCACUUUGGUCGGGAGGGACCAGUCCUCCAUGCAGCUGAGGACUCCUAGUGGACAGAUCCUGAACUUCACUAUCCUGCAGAUUUUCCCUUUCACGUAUGAGAGCAAACGAAUGGGCAUCAUAGUGAGGGAUGAGUCUACAGGAGAGAUCACCUUCUACAUGAAGGGCGCGGACGUGGUGAUGGCAGGAAUCGUCCAGUACAACGAUUGGCUGGAGGAAGAGUGUGGGAAUAUGGCCCGAGAAGGCUUGAGGGUCCUGGUGGUGGCCAAGAAGUCUUUAACAGAGGAGCAGUACCAGGACUUUGAGGCCCGCUACCUCCAGGCCAAGCUGAGUGUUCACGACCGCUCCCUGAAGGUUGCCACGGUGAUCGAGAGCCUCGAGAUGGAGAUGGAGCUUCUGUGCCUGACGGGCGUGGAGGACCAGCUCCAGGCCGACGUUCGCCCCACGUUGGAGAUUUUGCGCAACGCCGGCAUCAAGGUCUGGAUGCUGACCGGGGACAAGCUGGAGACGGCCACCUGCACGGCCAAGAAUGCGCAUCUGGUGACGCGUAACCAGGACAUCCAUGUCUUCAGACCUGUGACCACGCGGGGGGAGGCCCACCUGGAACUUAACGCGUUCAGGAGGAAGCACGACUGCGCUCUGGUGAUCUCUGGGGACUCGUUAGAGGUCUGUCUGAAGUUCUACGAGUACGAGUUCAUGGAGCUGGCGUGCCAGUGCCCCGCAGUGGUUUGCUGCCGCUGUGCCCCCACCCAAAAGGCGCAGAUCGUCCGGCUGCUGCAGGAGCGCACGGGCAAGCUGACCUGCGCCGUGGGGGAUGGAGGAAAUGAUGUCAGCAUGAUCCAGGUGGCGGACUGCGGUGUGGGCGUGGAGGGAAAGGAGGGGAAGCAAGCCUCGCUGGCCGCCGACUUCUCCGUGACUCAGUUCAAGCAUCUGGGCCGCCUGCUGAUGGUCCACGGCAGGAACAGCUACAAGCGUUCGGCCGCACUCAGUCAGUUCGUCAUCCACAGGAGCCUGUGCAUCAGCACCAUGCAGGCUGUGUUCUCCUCCGUCUUCUACUUUGCCUCAGUGCCCCUCUACCAGGGAUUCCUCAUCAUCGGCUACUCCACCCUCUACACCAUGUUCCCCGUCUUCUCGUUGGUCUUGGACAAAGAUGUGAAGUCAGAAGUGGCCAUGCUCUACCCUGAGCUCUAUAAGGACCUUCUGAAGGGUCGUCCACUGUCCUUCAAGACAUUCCUUAUAUGGGUGUUGAUAAGUAUUUAUCAAGGAAGCAUCAUCAUGUACGGGGCCCUGCUCCUCUUCGAGUCGGAGUUUGUGCACAUCGUGGCUAUCUCCUUCACGGCGCUCAUCCUCACCGAGCUUCUGAUGGUGGCCCUCACGGUGCAGACGUGGCACUGGCUCAUGAUCGUGGGCGAGCUGCUCAGCCUGGCCUGCUACGUCGCCUCGCUCGUCUUCCUGCACGAGUUCAUCGACAUCUACUUCAUCACGACGCUGUCGUUCGUCUGGAAGGUCACCGCCAUCACCUUGGUCAGCUGCCUGCCCCUCUACUUCCUGAAGUACCUACGCCGGAGGUUCUCCCCUCCCAGCUACUCCAAGCUGACCUCGUAGGCCGGUGCCGGCCCCCAACCCCUCCCGAAACGUGACCCCUGCCGCCCCUCCAUCCAGAGGCUCACCGUGUCGAGGCUAAUUGCAGUGUCGGCACUGGUUUUGGUGAGGCUAUUGUGCUCAUAUGUGUUGGUUUUUUUCAGAGGUGAAAAGUUCAGGUACAGAACAUGAAAAUCCAGACCAAGGUUUUGUUUCAGCCAACCAGUUGAGUAUAAAGAGCCAGCCACAGCGUAUUCAACUGGUUGGCUGAAACAAAAUCUUGGUCUAGAUUUUUACUUUCUGGGCCUUAACUGUCCACCUCUGUUUUUUUUUUUUUUGUUUUAAUUGUUGUGGAGGAGAUAGCAGAAUUAUAGGGACUUUGAAGUCAUGGAACGGUUAUCAGUUCCGAUCCCCAAAUUCUUUUGUGCCAUUUUUUGAAGGCAGAUGAAUGGAGACUGGGUUUGAUUGGCGAACUGCUUUUGACCAGGCAGCCCAGACUAGCUAUAUAUGCCAAAAGAAGUACCACCAAACCUAUCAAACACAGCAUCACUGGGAGGCCAAGGCUGAACCGCGUGGCGAGGUUUCCGUGACACCUUGGUGACAUCCUAAGUAUGCUGUUUUUCCGGUGGUCGUUUGGCAGUGUUACGUUUUUAUUCUUUGCACUUUCUAGUCCUUUCUGCAGUGCGGAGCAGCUGUGCGUGGACCCGCUGUUUACGCUGCUGCCUUGCAGACUGGGGUGUCCAGGGUGGGAGAGAUUUAGGAGACUCUAGGGACGUUUAACAAACAUCCAGGGAAUGUUUCUGCAACUUUAUUUACCGGUGCACAGGUCUCUAGGCGCCGCAUAAUUUAUGCACACUGAACAUUGUGUACUUUAAAAAGGAAAAAAAAAGGAAAUAUACAAGUUUGCCAACAUUAGGCCUAAUAUAGCCACUGGUGAAAACUGGAAUUAACAGAUUGCUAUGAGAUGUUUUUAACAUUUUUAUGAAAAUGCAGAUUUUUUUUUCCCAAACAUAGGAGGUUAAGUCCUUAGGUAUCAUCAUAUGUGGAAUUAUUUUGCCAGAGGAAUUAAUGCAGAAUUAUUAUGCGCCAUUGGGCUACAGAAGGCUUCUGAUGAGCCGGGCCCUGUUAACUGGGUACGCCGUGUUUUUUCGUGCAUGACGCAGCUUUUUGACACGGAAGUGUGUGUCUCAGCAGCUGGUCGGAGUAUGACUCACGCUGCCAGAGCGACUAAACCGCUCAGCAGGCCGCUCGGCAGGCCGCUCGGCAGGCCGCUCAGGGAGGCCUUUCGAGCAUCUGGAAGGCCUGGUCUACCCAGAACCGCAAACAAGUUACUAUUCGCGUGUUCCACCCACCCCCGACGUAUGCUACGCAGCCGCUGAGUGGCGUGUGCUGUGUCUGUGUCUCGCGGUCACCCGUGACGCCAGCGUGACUAAGCCGUAUGGUCGUCGGCUGCAAUUACCCCGCCACACGCCUCCCCGACCGUGACUGUGGCGUAAAACCCCUGCAGUCCACCCCCAGGAAUUCUGCAGAACGCGUUGUUUUAGAAUAGCGCCUUUUAUAGUGAACACCUGUAGAAUGUAACCCUUGCGUGCAUGGAAAACAGACGGCAAGGAGCCAAGUGCAUGGCGGAAAGCAAAGGGGGCGGGGCUAAUCUCAGAUUUUUCAUUCAGCACUAUCAGGUAAACAAGUUUGAGUGGAUGGACAACACUCAAAUCCUUAGUUUGCUAGACCCUUUCAUCUGCAGGUUGGAUAAUAUGGUUCAAAGAUACUAUGUGAUGCAUGUGUCCUUUUUACCCUGUUUGUUCUGCAAAAUAUUAAAGAUGCGAAGGUCCUGUAAAGGAUGUCAUUUAAGAUCAUGUCACAGACAGGUGAAGCAUAGUGAUACUGGGUGCCAAAAGUGUUCUCCUGUCUCGGGGAACUCGUCAAUAUCAGUCAGACAGACGUCUGUCUGUCAGCCGAAUCCAGCAGCACAGAAGACACUCUGAGAGUCAGAUCUGCUUUUGCUAUGUGCUCUUACGUUCUCAAUAGAGCAAGUGGUGGAAAUCCGCGGUCUCCCGGUGUCGUAAAACGUGAGCUUUGGGAUGCACUAGUGUAGUUCGUCGAAGUGUUCGUGAAUGGGAAGCGUACGGGGCAUUUCCCCACCGUUAUGUUGUAUUUUUUAUUUUUUUGCCAAUUUUGUAUUCCAGUGUGUCGUGAUCAAAUGUAAAUAACAAAUGGCCUUUUUAUUUAUUACUCUUAUGUCCGUAAUUGCACAUCAAGUUGUAAGAACAAAAAGGGAUGAUUGUGCUUAUUAAUGUUGGUGGAAAUAAAACAUUUUCUGUUAUUUCUUA